AUGGGUUGCUGCUUCAGCACCAUCAAUACUCCAAACACCAAUAAAGAUCAAAAUGCCCUUAAAUCAGAUUUGACCCAUGAAAACCUAAACCACAGAGCUCCACCAUCACCACCACCUGUUGAAGAAAAAUCUGUAGUUAAAGAGGUUCUAUCUGAAACACCCAUUUCCAAACCCCAAGUUUCUGUUUUGACGAUAGAAACAGAGACCCAACUUCCAAAAAUCGGAAAUUCAAAGUGCCCCAUCUUCAACGAAGCUCAGGAACAAGUCUCUCUGGAAGUGUCUCAGAUUACAGAGACAUGCAGCAUUAGCGAGAGCUUCUUCUCCACCACCACCAACGCUACUACCGCCGCCACCGGAGCCGAAACUAGAGAAGACGAAGCCACAAGCAAGCUAAGAACCAUAGAGGGAACGCAGAACCUGAACCGUUCCCAAUCGAAGCAUUCCUGCGAUGCAAAAAGUAUCGGUGGCAGAGAACGAAGGCCGAAAUCUCCAUCGAGAACGCUGCCGGAAAAGAGGGUUCCGGCAAGUCCGCAGUCCGCUUGCCAGAGGGAUUCCGGUCAAGUUCGCCGUCGUCCAGGCGAGAGUACCGGCCAGAGAGCGAGGUCUCCGUCGUCUGUCGGGAGGUUCUGCGACGGAAACAGAAGGAAUCAAGUGAAACCACGGGGAAACGGCUGUCGGAGGUUGGCGCCGGUGAAGGGUGUGGUGAAGGAGAACUGUAGGAAGGAAAACGACGUCGUUACACAUGAAGAAUCACUUGACAACCCACGUGUUUCAUUGGAAUGCUUUAUUUUUCUCUAG